AUGGGUAGGCGGUACUCCUAUCCAUUCAUUUUAAAUCCCCUAAAGUUCAAAAACAUAAAGGACUUUAACGCGUCUUCAUCUCAUCUAAAUGAAAUUUCAACUCUUCUUGGCACCGUAGAUGUUCCAAAUCGCCAUGGAAAUGAAAUCUGCUUUUAUUCAAGCCUUCUCAUUAAGAAAAUGAUUGAGGCUCAGUAUCAUAGAACUGAGUUGGUCAAACUCCUUGUUAAUGAAGGAGGUAUCACUGUCAAAGAUAAAAAUAAUGACGUUCUACUCGAUUACCACUUUGAGGAUCUGACAUAUGUUUGGGUCCAUCCAGAUGAACCUCGCAUUUUAGGAAUUAUCUGUACUUUAAGAACUCCCAAUUCUCCAAACCCAAUAUCUAGAUUCACCGCUUUCAGAAUGUCGUCGAAGGCUAAAAAGUUUGCCUAUCGCCUCCAGCACAUCUAUUGCGACUACAUGGACAGGCUCCAUCGUAAAGCAUCAUUCGCAUCAAUUAUAAUGGAUGACAUACAAGUUCCAGAGGAGCCUAAGAGAAAAUUUGCUGAUCCUGCGAGAAUGGAAGUCUACCGAACUAUAUUGAGUAAGAGUUUUCAAGUUAUACCUCAGUUUACUUCAUUUUAA